CCCCGCACUGAAUGUCACAUUACUUCUCCUGCUGUGAAAACAUACAGCUAUUAACGUUAAAUAAAUCACCUGUCCAACGAAUAAUCAGGAGGCGACAGCUGGGAGGAUUUACAUCAUUUAACGUCAAAGGAUAAUCCAGCCAGCACCAUGGUGCAUUUAUCAUCACUGCUAAAGAAGUACCACGGGGGUUACGUUGUCAUCCGAUUGGCUCUUGCGGGCCACAAACAAACAAACAGACCCUUUUAUCGCAUUGUGGCUGCUCACAACAAAAGGGCAAGAGAUGGUAAAUAUUUGGAGCAGCUGGGUACCUACGACCCCCUCCCAAACAUCCACAACGAGAAACUUGUCAGCUUCAACUUUGACCGAAUCAAGUACUGGAUCGGUUGCGGUGCACACCCUACGAAGCCAGUGGCCAAACUUCUAGGGUUGGCAGGAUUUUUCCCUCUGCACCCGAUGACAGUAACAGAGGCAGAACGUCAACGAGCCCAAAGAGAGCUGAUGGCAACGGCAGCAGGAACAGAAGAUGGUCUGCAGGAGGGACAGAAGGAGGAUGAAGUGUGAGAAUCAGAGGCGAGGGACUGUGUUGGAUUGUCGAGUACAAAAGGAUGUCACAGUUACAUGAGGAGAACUGAUCGAUUUGUUUCCUACUUGUUGGGUGGACUGCUCGUAUAGCAACAUUAGAUAUGGCAUAUUGUAGUUGUUGUUGCUUUAGCAACAGCUGUGGACAAGACAUAAUAAAACUCAUUCUCAAUCAAAGUCAGUAGCUACAGGUUAUGUUUAUGCGAGUGGAGUGCCAAAACAGGCAGCUGUUUGUAAUUACUGAUUUAUUUCACGUAAAUAAAGUAUUUCAAUUUAUCGAA